UUUAGAAAGAUCAACCAGCUCAUUUGUUGUAGGGCAAUUGUUCACGAAACAUAAAGGAUGUCCUCUGGCAUUUUAUACUGUUUGUUGCAAUCUGAUCAAACAGUAAAGCAAAUUUACCACGGUUGGCGGAAUCGCUAUCGUGAAGAUAUCGCUAUUGGAACAUUAGAAAUUCUUCAACUUUGCAUUGAUUUUACCGGUUAUGGGUACUCUAUUAAACCUGAGGAUAUAGAACAUAUAAAUCUGCGCGAUUUUGUAAGAAAACAUGUAAUUGAUUCGAACUAUCGCGACUUAGAAAUAUUUAGUAAGCCGAAUGUGCUGAAGCACUUAUUCCAACUACUCGAAUUGAUGAUAGCACAUGAUCGCCAGGAACUCCUGGAAAACAAUAUCUGGUUGAACAAAACCAUCCGACUGUUGAUAGCUUUCUGCGAAUCGAAUGAUGAUGAGUGUAAAAUGGCAGCUGGUUACUUGAGCACAAUCGUUCUAGUUCAUUUAUCUGUGGUCCAUGAACAUGCCCGACAAGAGUUGGAAAAGACUAAAAACGAAGAUGAUUGUGAGCAGUUACAAGAUGCAGAAAAACGGCAGCAAUAUGUAUUUAAAGUCAGCCAACUUUUAGAAAAAAACAUUGUGUCUUGCUGCGGAUAUUCUUUAACAUUACCAUACAUUGCCGAGUGGCUCUGCAAGCUGCUGGAAGUUUACCCUGCACUUUACGUGUUGGAAGGAAGUCUUCUGGAAGUGGUAUUAUCACUUUUGCAACAUCGUCAUUGUAAGAUGUUUUCGACAAUUGCAAACUGUUUUAAAAAUUUGUUGAACGAAGAUGCACAAACCCCUGAAAUCAUCGAACUAGUUGCGAACUUCUUCGUGCAAUCGGCCGGAAAACGAUUUGUCCAAUCCAUGAUAACAUUCAAGUCAAGUGAAAAAAUGGCUUUGGAAAUUAUUGUAAGCGUUCAGAGACGACACUGUGGUCAACCAAUUUUUGAUGAAGAUAUCAGCGCUAAAGUUCGUCAAUAUAUGUUCCAUAACGAUGAAGCUAUUCGAGGAUGCGCUAUUGACUUUCAUGUCAGUUCACUGUGUCACCCUGAUGAUCAAGACAACAAUAAUAUUAUUUUGUUAGGCAUCUUAAAAUUAUACGAGCGCUACGAACAUGCUUCGAACGCCUUAAAUGAUUUAGUAGCCGAUUUAUGGCAUUUGGAAUUUUUUGACGAUUGGAAAACACUUUUCAAGCUACUUGAAGGAGAACUGGCUCAGAAGGACAAUCUGUUUAUGGUUAUCUCUAUUGUACAUGUCAUAAACCAAUGUUACACGCUUAUGAUGCGUGGAUUAGAGAAAGCGCAACAACCGAACAACAAAACCGUAGACAGUCGGCGUUUACGCGGGCUUUUGAAGGACUUCCUAAUCAAUUACCCGUCAAUACUUCGCAAAUGUAUUCCAUGUCAGAACGCUUAUAUCGAACUAUUGAAGCCAGCAUAUGCGACAUAUCAUGGGAUAUUGCAAAUAUGUAACGUAAACAUAGAGCAAUUUUACGAAGCCCUGUUCGCUGUUCUUACAACGGUGGCUUACAGUGCGUCGUGUUUUUAUGCAUUGAUACGAACGCUGUCGGCGAUUCGUAGCUACUGGCGAAUCAUUAUAGACGUUGAACAAAUAUGGUCCGAAAUUCUAAAUAAAUAUGCAAACGACUUCAUUGAAACGAGAGCUCUAUUCACAAGUCGAAAUAUUGGAAAGGACAAGUCUCUUACAGCAAAGUAUGUCACUGGUCAGAUCAGACUGACCGCAUUUCUAGAGCUUGAUCAAAAUCUAGACACCCAUCUUCCAACUACAAUGAGAAUCCUCGUCAACGAUUUUCGUCUGUUAAACGAGUUUAACUUGGAUAGUAAUCAAGUGAGCAUAUUUUGUCGCUUGUAUAAAUGUGCGUUCUUUGCCGUAAUUAAUGCGUAUCAGUCUGGUACAAUCGUUGGAAUUUUGGAUAACUCCAGUCAGUAUGCGUAUACAGGCCAUCGAUUCAAAAAACGUGUAUUGGAGUUGCUACGUCUAAUGAUGAGAAAAUUGGCCAAGUUUGACGAAUCCCUCGAUACUAGCGUGCAUGUAUUUACUACGUUGUGCGAUUUGUUGUUGAUGACACAGAGCGGGAUUCAUUUCGACAUUGAUGAACUACAGCAAAUUGAUUAUGAAGUUAAACCGGUCGACCUAGAAAUGAUGGCAAAGUAUCUGUUAAAUUACCUUUUUUCUAAGCAGUAUGAUUGGCAUGAGACUCCGAUUGCUAAACAAAAACAAGUCCUAACGAAAUACAUCGAUCUAUACAAGCUUCACAAAUCCUUGCCUCGAAUCACCGACACCCAUUAUAUUGUAGCCAAUUUUUCGAUCGAUACGCAACUGGAAAAGCAAAUCAUUCAAUUGAUGGUAGUUUUGCAUCAGGUUGACACGUCACAGUUCUGCGAAAUUAUUUGCCAGGCAGCAUUUCAACUGCUGAUAGUGUACAAAUCGGAAUCCAGCGUCAAGCAAUUUCUCAAAAAAUUUCAAUCGUUUGCAUUGGCAAAACUCACCGUUACCGAGAAGGAAGAAUGUGCGAAUGUAAUAGGAAAAGUAGUAGAAAAAAUAUUAAAUCACCUGAUGAACAUAGUGAACAAUGAAGCAGACGAUAAAGUUGCUACGUGUAUGUUUAAAUUGAUUGAACCACUAUUGCCCCAAAUUUCGAUCGAUGAGCGACUUUCGAUGGAGAAUUUGCUCACGAGACAUUCUGAAUUCGAAAAGUUAUCGGAAGCUGAUCGCAAAGCUGUCAACCGUUUCGUGCGAUAUUUGAAAAAGUAAAGCAUCGUCUAAUGAAUUAUUUCAUUACUCAUUUUAUUUUACAAGAGUAAUAACAGGUAUGAGUCCUAUUUCAGCCAUACACUAUAUAUGUAUGCAUAACAGGAUAUAGAAGGGUUCACUUAUCAUAGAACUAUGUCGAAAUUGAGCCCUUAUUCUUUAGUAAGUUGACCUUUUUUUUCAUUUUUUGAGCCUAAAACGAAUCCAUAUGUACGCCAUUGAAUAAUUAUUAACAAG